UGCAGAACGAAACAGUAACAUCACACAGCCUGGUUUACGGUCCACGCUGCGUGGAGAGGCGUGCCCGUCUUUAGUAGGAGUGUAACUACAACGACACGUUUGAGUUACGUUCCGUCAGCUUCUCGUUAAUUGUCGAGGAGCUGACGCUAACGUCCGUUUUAUCCCAACUUGUUUUGUUUUUUUAAACAAUUUCAGUUGUUUCUAAUCACAUUUAAAUAACACAUUUAAAUAUGGACGCGAGCAACGCAACUUAGUAACUGAGCUUCUAAGCGAGGUUAGAAGAUGUGAUGGAGCCAUGUUCCAGAGCAGUAACCGGCUCCUUCAGCGCUGCUAAUGUGAGCUGCCCACGGGCUCAUGGUGGCUUUUAAACCGGGUCUUGUCUUUCGCAUCAGGCGCACCACACCAGAGAAGUUUUACAUAGAAGCUUGUGAUGAUGGCUCCGUGGAUGUCCUGGCUAUUGACAGGGUGUCAACUGAGAUGACUCUAACAGUGAGACAGGAUGUCCCUGCAUCAGCUGAGACCAGGCCAAUAUGUGGACUGAUGGGAACUAUACGCUUAGUGGCAGGCAUGUACCUGGUUGUCAUCACAAAGAAGAGGAAGGUGGGAGAUCUGCUGGGCCAUGCUGUGUGGAAGGCUCUGGACUUUGACGUAAUCUCCUAUAAAAAGACAAUACUGCACCUCACAGACAACCAGAUGCAAGACAACAAGACCUUCCUGUCCAUGAUUAACAGCAUGCUUCAUGCAGACGGUUUCUACUUUGCAACCGACUAUGAUCUGACACACACUCUGCAGCGCCUGGCAAACACCAGCCCAGAGUUUCAGGAGAUGAGCCUUCUGGAGAGGGCAGAUCAGCGAUUUGUGUGGAACGGACACUUGUUGAGAGAAUUCAUAGCACAGCCAGAGCUGCACAUGUUUGUGUUUCCUGUUGUCCACGGCUUCAUCACUGUGAAGUCGAGCUGCAUCAGUGGAAAGGUGUUUGAGUGGAGCGUUAUCUCCAGGAGGAGCUGUUUCAGAGCAGGGGUCCGCUACUAUGUCCGAGGCAUUGAUUCAGAAGGACACGCUGCUAACUAUGUGGAAACAGAGCAGAUAGUGCAGUACAACGGUGCAAAGGCUUCUUUUGUUCAGACCAGAGGCUCCAUCCCCUUCUACUGGUCCCAAAGGCCUAAUCUCAGGUACAAACCAAAACCACAGAUCAGCAAAACAGUCAACCAUCUGGACGGAUUCCAGAGACACUUUGACUCCCAGAUCAUCCUCUAUGGAAGACAAGUCACUUUGAACUUGAUAAACCAAAAAGGCUCAGAAAAGCCGUUGGAGCUGGCAUUCGACAACAUGGUCACAAACUUGGGUAAUGGCUUGAUCAAGUACAUAGCUUUUGACUUUCAUAAGGAGUGCAGCCACAUGAGGUGGCACCGCCUUCAGAUCUUACUGGACAUGGUUGCUGAAAUGCAGGAUGACUUUGGAUAUUUCCUAGUGGAUGCAGAUGGAAAGGUGCUGUUAAAUCAGGAGGGAACUUUUCGGAGCAACUGCAUGGACUGUUUGGAUCGUACAAAUGUCAUCCAGAGCCUGCUGGCCCGACGCUCUCUUCAGUCACAGCUGCAGAGGAUGGGAGUUCUCCACAUAGGCCAGCGGAUUGAAGAGCAGACAGACUUUGAGAAGAUGUACAAGAAUGCCUGGGCAGACAAUGCUGACGCUUGUGCCAAGCAGUAUGCUGGAACUGGUGCCUUAAAGACUGACUUCACUAGGACAGGGAAGAGAACACACUGGGGACUGCUGAUGGACGGCUGGAACUCGAUGAUCCGAUAUUACAAAAACAACUUCUCUGAUGGCUUUAGACAGGAUUCCAUCGAUUUAUUUCUGGGGAACUAUGCUGUCGAUGAAGCUGACUGGACCACUCCACUGCGAGACCCCAAGGACUGGAAGUUUCUGACAUUGCCCAUCAUCAUGGUUGUUGCCUUUUCCAUGUGUAUAAUCUGCCUUCUAAUGGCCGGUGACACGUGGGCUGAGACGCUGGCUUACGUCCUGUUCUGGGGAACAGCCAGUGCAGUAACCGGUGGGCUUAUCCUCUUUUAUGGACGGGACUUUGUAGACGCUCCUAAGCUGGUCCAGAAGGAGAAGCUGGACUGAAUGUGUGCGUGUGGAAAGCAGCUGGGCCCUCGCAAACUCACCACCUCGUCCUCUUCCUCGUCAUCACUUUAUCUGCAUCAGCAGGCCUGGAGCCUUUACUAACGCUGGAGCGAGGAGGUUGGUGGGCAGCGAGGGUGGCUUUGUGCACCACAGCAGGAGACUGAAGAGUGCACAGGCCUGCUGCUCUCCACACUGUAGCGGACUGACGGUCUGUCUGAACUCGACACUGAACUCAGGAGCUGUUCUGACCCGAUGUCUUUGUUCCUCAUUUAACUGGAAUGCUGUGGACCUGUUUAAAUGUGUUUCUUGUUGUUCUCCACCUCAUUCCUUUUAUGAAAACAUGGGGAUCAGACUUCAAACAGCAUAGCUGUGAAGAUAUUCCUCAUUUGCAAAUUCUCAUGUAGAACUGGUGUGUCCUAGGUUAGACACUGCCUGUGGUUCAUAGUCUGCGUUUUAAGAUCAGUUUUAGCUUGAAUGGUUUUAGCUUCUUUUCUGGAGUGUUUGCAGGGAUCCAAGUGUGCUUGUCCUUCAGAAUCCAGUCAGCUAGAACACGAUUUAUGGUUGUGGAGUUAAAAACGGUCCCUUGAUGAAGAAAGGGGAUUCAUCCUGGAAACCCUGGACCUUGAGAAAGAAAGUUGUCAUUAACUCGUUUUCUUGUAUUACAUUGAACUAUUUUGCAUGUCACUUCACCAGAGGAAAAACACUCCAUCUGUGUCACUGUGGUACUAAAGGAUAAAUCAAAUCGAAACAGUAUUCUCUUCACAGAGACACCAUCGUGGCUGACAGUGUGCUGAUGUUAGGGCGAUGUCAUUUCUUUGGCUCCAAAUUAAAAAUGACAUUUAUAAAAAUGUUCGUCCUCUAGGUCUGUGCAUGUUCAUGUAUUUUGAAAACACGCCUGGAGUCUUCAAUAUCACUUCAAUUCAAAUGCUUUAUGUGUGCUUUAUAUUAUUAUUAUUAUUAAUAAGACAAAUAUCUACAAUAUAAAAGAUAAAAAGCCCAACAAUCAGCGCUGUUGUGACAGUGAACAAACCCGAGCUCAGCGGGCUGUGAGGGGCAGCAGAGGGACCCGUGUGGAGCUGCGUCGGGGUUUUGCUAUUUAAAAUAAAAAAAUGUGUUGAAUAAAUUUGUUUUUUCAGCUUCAAA